CAGUGCCGCUCCCACAGAUGUCAAGGCUACAAGUAUGUCUGUGUCAGAGAUUCUUGUUGCAUGGAAACAUAUUAAAGAGAGUCUAGGAAGACCACAGGGAUUUGAGGUUGGUUAUCGGAAAGACAUGGAACAAGAAGAUGCAGCAGAAACAGUCAAAACUAGGGGGAAUGAGUCAUCUGUCAUCCUGACAGGAUUAGAAGGAAAUACAUUAUAUCACUUCACAGUGAGGGCUUAUAAUGGAGCUGGAUAUGGGCCACCUAGCAGUGAAGUGAGUGCAACCACCAAGAAAUCCCCCCCUAGCCAAGCACCUAGCAACCUCAGGUGGGAGCAACAAGGCUCUCAGCUUUCUCUGGUCUGGGAACCUGUCAGACCAUUAGCCAACGAAUCUGAAGUCAUGGGCUACAAGGUUUUUUAUAGGCAAGAGGGACACAGCAACAGUCAAGUUAUUGAAACACAGAAACCUCAAGCAGUAGUACAACUCCCUGAUGUUGGAGUCUAUAUUAUUGAAGUUCGAGCAUGUAGUGAAGGAGGGGAUGGAACAGCUAGUUCCCAAAUCAGGGUACCAUCAUAUUCAGGUGGAAAAAUCACUAGUGCUCAAUCAACCCUCCACACUCUCUCUACGUCUUCAUCAUCAGUAACAUUGCUCUUGGCAUUGAUGAUCCCUUCAACAUCUUGGUGAAAACUGCAGACUUAAUUUUCUUUUCCUUGCUUUCCCUUGAUAAUAGCGAUGAAUAGUGUAGUGUAAGUGAAGACCCAGGACAAUGAGAUAAGCUUUAAAAACUUGGGACUAUACAUGGUGCACUUACAGGAGGUAGGGGGUAAUAUUACUUAUCCAUCAGGUUUUUCUUUGGUUUUUCUAAAUGGAGAGGACAGUUCUUGGUCCAAAAAAAUAUGCAGAUUGUAUGUAAUUAAUUUUUUUAAAGCAAAGAUAAUUUCUGUCAAAUGUAUUCUUUACUUUUUUAAUAUGUUGGAAUUUGAUUUUUAUAUCUGAUAACCCUGAGCGUGUGCCAUCCAUUUCCUAAGUGACUGGUUUCUAGCAGAUCUGCUCCAAACACAAAUACAAAACCAAGAAUGAAAAGUUUGGUUAAGACUUUGAGUCUAUUGUUUUUCAUUUUCCCUUUGACUGACUACUCCAGUUGACAAAAUGGUAGGAGAUAUGAAAAAAUACUUCAGUUGUGUGAUUCAUUAUAGGAUAAGUACACAAAAAUGUUCUUGAAAAAUAUUGUAUGACUGCAUAGUGAAAUAGCAAAAUUUGUCAAUAUGCUAUUCUAAAUGCAUCCCUAGAGCAAGUUAUUAGGGUAGGGAAAAAGCCAUUUAUAUUAGUGCAAGGUAAAUAGAAAGUGAGUCCAAAUGAAUUUAAGUGCUAUUGUUUUUCAUCAAGUACUAUGUUAUCUAGCUGCAAAUAUAGUAAAUGUUUAUUUUUAAUAACAAAAGGUAGUUUAAAGUCACAAAAAAUAUGAUUACUAAAAACUGCAGACACUGACUUGCUUCCAAGGGUGCUAACUUGUAAAUGAAAUGAAUACAGUACAUUUCCGCAUCUACUGCCAAAACACAUGUUGAAUUAGGUUCAAGGUUUUCUUCUACUUGCAAAUAAUUUGAAGGACAACAAAAAAUUGUUGUGCAAAUAAUUAUACAUACAUAAAGUUUGUGGAUUAAAAUGGUUCAACCAUAACAAAUAAAUUUUGAUUUUUUUAAACAGUCCCAUGCAUCACAGCUUAUAAAAUCUUACCACCUGUUAAAAUAAAGAAUAUCUCUCCAAUAAAUUGAUUUUUGUAAAUUAAGCUGUGGAAACAUGGCCUCAGUACAAGGUGAGCCCCAUUUACUAUUUUGAGAAGUCAACCUGAACCUAAUUGAUCCUAGAUAGUUGUUGGGAAGUGAGGUGAAAGUUUUCUACUUAGUGAUAUCUUACAGAAGUUCUAACCAACAUGGGAACUUGCCAGAGUUUGCAUCACACCCAAGAAGAUGCCUGAAGGGGUGGUUAUUGCAAAGUCAUAUGCCAAAAAACAGCCUAGAGAAACUAGUUUUACAGGUGAUAUUAAUAUGAGAACAAAAAGUAAUUUCUUUUUUUUUACAAAAUCUAAACCUGUUAAUUCUACUUGCCUCUUUAACAGUAAGCAAAUGAAGCAAUAUUGAGCUCAAACCACUCGCUCUAGAAUCCUGUAGACUCAGAGGAGAAACUGGAGUUUCUAGUCUGAAUAUCCUAAAAGAUUGGGUUCAGAGCCACAGCAAAACUAUUUAUGUUGGUUACUCAUUCUGUUUGGGGGGAAUUAUGUCCAAGACACACCUAAACAAAAAAGAAGUAAUUUAAAAGACUAUUUUAGUUAACAGAUUAUUGUAUUAAAUUACUACAGAGGGUGAAUAUUGAAGCCAGUGAGUAAUAAUGACCAAGUGGCCUUCCUUGAGCACCUCCUUUUGGAGUGGGAGAGGCUGGACUUUGCAGAUGGAGGGAUGCUAACUAUUUAACAGGCAAAAUAUGAGCUUUCCCAAGGACAGUAUAGCUUACAGGAGCAAAUUGUACAUCUGGCAAAAAAAAUGCAGCAAGAAUAUUAAAGAAUGGGCAAUAAUUUUUACUUCGUAUUUGAUGAAUCAAACCAUUUUCUUCCUUUUCCAUGGUGUUUUAUACUAAACUUAGUGAAGAACUUUAAGAACCAAGUUAUUACUGAAACUCUUAUAAAACAAAGCCCAAUAAAAUACAAUGUUAGUAUAUGGCAAAUUCAAAUUAAACAAUAUUUCCAACUAGCUGAUGGAUGGUAUAUAUCUGACAGAAUAUUUAAAUAUAGAAUGUCUGGUGUUGUAUUCUUACAGGAAUCAAAGAUAUGUGAUGUUUUUAUUCAACAUGCACAGAUUAUGUAUUUUGCAUCAUAAACCUAUUAAAAACAGUUUUUAAAUGUUUAUGUAUUUAUGUAUUGCAUAUUUGUUACUUUGUAGAACACAAAAUAGCAUUCCCUAUCAAGGUACGUUAUUUUUCAGCUGCAAUAUUGAGUGAGUUGGUUUUAUUUUUUUCUUUUGGAUGGGAUAAUAACCGCACAGUCUUAAAUCACUAAAGAGACUGUAUUUUUGUAUAAUGUCAAUUGAACUAUGAAGAAGAAAAAAAACACUUCUCAUAAUUAAAAAUUCCAUGAAAGUGAAUGUUUUUCAUACCCAAAUGAAGGUACUGUGGUUCCCAUGUCAAAUCGUUAAAUAUAUUGUAUACAGUCUGUAUAUAUGUACCAUAUAUAAGGGUAUAUACUAUGUGGAAGGCACAGUCAGAUAAU